AUGGCACAAGGCUCACAGGCUUCCAUUGUUAAGAUCGCUGGCGCAGGGUUUCGGCUCUCACUUCUCUUGAAUGCUGCCGCUUGUCAACUAGCCCAGUCAAGACUGGAAAUUCACAGCAUCGCCAAAGGAAUCUCGCUUUUCGCUCUGACCCUCAAGCAUGUUGGGCAGACUAUCGAGGGUACCGAUGUAGACCAGUCUCCAGAGGCAGCAGAAAAGGCAUGGGAGAUUGCCGGACAAGGCCAGAUGAUCUUCAUUGAAAUCGAACACAUGCUGGACAAGCUGAAGGCAACUGAUAAAGACAAUGAUCUUAUGAGAAUUCCACUACAGGAAAGACUCAAAUGGUGCUUCCGGAAGCAGCAUGUCACUUAUCUGCUAGCCCAGUUGGAAUCUCUCAAGCUUAGCUUGAUCGUGAUGCUACAAACUCUGCAGCUUGGGAACGUCGUCAAAUCUAAUGUUGAUGAUGGGAUUGAUACCGAUUCCCUUACAUCCACCGCCGACGAUGCCAUUGCCCAGGAGAAAGCGGAAUCUCAAAACAUGAUCAUCGUCCGAUAUUGGUCUGUUAAGCGCCUCGACCGCUUGUGGGAUCUUGUGGAACAGGAGACUUUGGAUGCCACCAAUGACCCAACAAACCAAAGGAUUAGUUCCAAUUACUCGUCCAAUAUGGCACGCUCGGAUCCGACAAAACUGCCCAUCAUUACUUUUGGAGACAGCGACGUGGGACUGAGUGACAUGGAAAGAUCCCCGAAGGAUAUGGUGCAGCUAUCUGAGAGCACUUUGAAUCGGCUGCUUUCGCUCUGGGUUCCUUUCAUUGACCCUUCCAAACUACGCCACGCUGGCAAAGGCUUGGACAUAUCCAACAAGCAAGUCCAACCUCGAGUCUACGUCUCUUCGGACACCGAAAAUGAUACUGAAGAGCUAGAUUUUGAUAAUAACGACGGCCGAGGUUACGGUUACUAUCUCGAAGGAUCAACAGUGAACUGGAGAGACCCUCAUUCACAGGAGGCCCGACAGCAUGCAGCAGAGCUACGCCGGAAGUAUUCUAGCUACCAGGCUCACGUAGAAAGCGAAUCAGAGCCCGAUGAAUAUCCCAAACAUCGAGAUACCCUUCGCAGUGACUCAAAAGUCAUCGACUCAAGUGAUGAGGGGGAGCAAAGGCCGUUUCCAUUCCAACAGCCUCUCAUCCCGAUAUCCUCCAACCUACAGCAAUCCCGAAAGCAGAGUCCCGGCAUACCCAAGCGGCAGCUUCCCACCCCCGAGCCAUGCUCUACCCCGUCCUCUACCACUGCCUUCACAGCCACAGCCAGGUCCCCCCAGCCAUACAAAUACUACUCAAACCAAGACUACGCUACAGCGCCCCGAUCCAUUCCAAUAAACACGAACCAACCCAGCAAGCCAGCCAUCACCAUCCCCAAUACCAACCCUUCUCCCAGAGGCUCAUCGCCAAACCAAGUCCACUUUGAGCCUCCCUGGGCCCGAAAUCAGGCAUACGGAAAUGUCCCCAACAGCAACAACAAACUCCAACCCCGCCACUAUUCCUCCGCAUACCCGCUUUCCUCCUCAUCCCCCGAGUCCAGCUUCCGACCCUCGCCGCCUCGCUCGGAUGAACGGUCCCCGUCGUCACGAUCACGUCGUUCCUCGCGCGAAGAAGCAAAGGAUAGACACAAGGCGUUGACUCGUAAUGCUACGAGAGGAUUGGUGGGGAUUGGAGCUAUUGCUGGGUUUAUGGAUGCGUUGGAGGCGUUUUCGAUUCUGUGA